AUGGCACGUAACCUAAUUAAUACUCUACGCCUCGUUCGCUUUAAAUACGAUGCUCGGCUACAAAAUCUGAUCGAUAUCGCGUGGAUCGCGUUACUCUGUUAUCAGGAAUCGAAACGAAGAUGCUGCGCGCCUACUUUCUCCCCGAUUUCCUCUCUGAUCGGUAAUCAGCUACAGGGCAAUCAUUAUCACACGAUCAGGCCUCAGACAGGGUGUUGCAGCCUGAGAAAGUGCAAGUACGCGAGGUCGCAGGCAGAGCCGGAAUUUUCCAACAUCCACACGCUGCUCGAGAGGAUUCGAUACUUGAAGCAGAACAUUCGAGACCUGGAAAGCAGCUCCAAAGCAGCUCAUCAGCAAUUUAAAAGAGACGUCGAGAAGAGAACCGUCCAUUGUCAAACGCAAGAAUCCAAAGGAUCGGAUGCCAAUAACGUCAGGGAGAUAUUGAACAAUUGCAUCACGGAGAUGACGAAACUCAGAGCGAUUUUGGACGACGAAAAUUGCUGGUGGAAGAUGUUCAAGAAGAGGGAGUUUGACUGCUGCGAACAGAAAUUGCCGCAUCUGCACGGGUUCCUCAAUGGAAACAUGGUUACGCUGAAGAUACUCGAGGAGAAGGGCGAACCCGACCAGGAUUUUCCAACUUCGACGCUGGCAAAGUCAAGAUCGAAAACGAACAUCGACUCUGGAUCAACUAGCUCGAAAAGAAGGUACAGAGGACAGGACGUGGACAACAUCGAAGAUGGUCCCAAAGAAUAUAUAAAUUCGACCAUCGAUCCUCGUCGGAGCAUCGAAUUCAGCGGUGUAGAAAUCGACGAUUCUUACAAGGUACAGUGUCCUGCACCUCGUAAACUUCACCCAGACGAUUCUCCGGCUGCCGGAAGUUCGGGAGCACCGAAACAGGACGAGGAUCAAAGGGAACCCGAUUUGGAGGGUUCGCAAAGGGCAGAAGACGAAACGUCAGAUGAAAUGGAUACCACGAUCGAGGCGAGAUUAUCCAGAAGCGAGUGGUUCGCUAAGAGCUCGACAGACCUUGGCAGAGUGCGGCCAUCGGUGACGUUCAGCAGCGAGAAUAUGGCGCGAAAGUCAAUUAUCGCGGCCGACAUCAGCACUUCCAUGGACCUGUUACCGGGCGUCCAAUACAAGAGUAUGAGACCCUCGAUGAAGGGUUUAAAGGAUCUAAUGGAGAAAAAUUUGUCGCCCAGUCAGAGGCGAUCGUUGCCAAAGAGUCCCAAGUCGAAGGAGCAUGACAGAGUCAUCAUAAUAGCAAGGUGUCCGGCUCCUUCCUACGACGAGGGCUUGAGAAUGGGCACGAAAACUAUACUGGUCGUACGCGAAUGGGCGACUAUACGGAUACCACCUUCGUCUUCGAUCAGUUCCUUCGAGUGCGAGUGUUCCACCGAUACAGACGAUUCCUGA